AAAUCACCUCUCUCUCUAAAGAAAUGUUUUCUUCGAAUCAAAAUACAAUCUUCGGUUCUAAUUAAGUUUCCAUGGCUUCAUCAUUAAGCUCAAUCCAAUGUCCGCUGCUCUAAACGCUCCACUACUCUUAAUCCUCAUCUUCAUCCUCUUCCUUUCGUUCCUAAUUCGUCCCUAUCGUCUUCAUCAUCAUCACCUUCUUCCCCAGGGUUGACCAUUACAUUGUUUUCAUGGACUCUGCCGGCCAUGCCCAGAGUCUUCUCUACCCCACACCAUUGGCACUUUAGCCAUUUUGUGUACAGCCUGGAAACAGAGAGACUCCUCUGUUUCCGAGAUGGAGCUCGGGUCUGAACUCGCGCGAUCGAUCGACCCCGUCGCAACCACCAGCGGGCUGCUGUUGCCCGAGCGACUUGGGAGUCGGACCGUCGUUCGCUGCAGCAAUAGCGACGAACACGUCCUUCUCCAUCGCAGCAAUGGCGACUUGGGAUGCUGCCGGCGCCCCCCUGAUAAUCAUCAUUUAGCUUCGACAUCACGAAAUCGAUCGAUCAGGCGCUCGAGGACGGCGUGGACGUUCUAUCCAUGUCGCUAGGCCUGGAGGACGGCGUCACUUCACAAUACGAGGACCCAAUCGAGCGGUUGCUGCGAUGGAGAAGAACGUGCUCGUCGCCAUUGGUGCAGGGGAACGACGGUCCGAUUCCCAAGUCGCUCGGGAACAGCAGCCCCCGGACGCUGGUGGUUGCGGCGGGGUCGAUCGAUCGCGGGUUCAGGGUGGAGCUCCAUCUCGGGAACAGAGUCUCUGUUUCCGGGCAGAAUGGCCAAGUGCCAGUGGUGUGGAGUUGAGAAGACUUUGGGGCAUGGCCGCUGAGUCCAUGAAGACAAUGUAGUGGUCGACCUGGGAAGAAGAUAGAUGAUGAAGAGGGCGCUAGGGACGAAUUAGGAACGAAAGAAAGGAGGAUGAAGAUGAGGAUAGUGGAGAGUAGAGAGCAGAGGACAUUGAAUUGUUUUUUUUUUUUUUUUCUGGAGUGAACUUAAUUAAACCCAAGAUUGUCCGUAUUUGAUUCGAAUAAAAUCUUUCUUGCAGAGAGACAAUUGGUGAUUAUUAUGAUUUGGUUUAUGGAAUCAAUGUAUAUAUAUAGCAAGCAACUUGGGAAUCGAUCUGCAACCACCGGCGCAAGAUUGGGUCUGUGUCAAUACAUAUGACUCAAAUAAUUUUCCCUCUUAAGAGCACGACCUAUGGCGGCAUCAUGCGAUGAAGCGAUGGUGACCAUUUCAUCACUGCAUUUACUGCGAGCCUUGGAGGGGGUUCGAUUACUCAUGCGAAGCUAGCUGGUAUUUGUCUAUGGGUUGAAGCUUGCUUGGUAUGAAAGAGGACAUAAAAGUUGUUCUGCAAAACGAGGGAUCAGGAGAUGGCUUGCUCAUCCUUGGACUAUUCACAUAGACCAUGUUUACCGCAAAGGCAAUUAUGUUUCGGAUUACUCGCCUCGGCAAGUCACACAGUUCCGAUUGGGCUACAUAUUUUCCAUAGUGCAAGUACUACUCUUGCACAUUGGAUGUAUUUUGACCGCUCGAGAAUUCAAAUACCCCGAAUUAUUCGAAUGCAAUGAAGGUUAGAGCGCCCUUAGAGCCUGUUCUCACCCAAAAAAACAUUACUCUACGAGCCAAAUAUGUAGAAAUGACGAAUCUAAUUAAGUCAUCGAACAUAAAAAAAUAAUCUUUGGCAACAUCACUGCAACCCUUCCAAUUUUUACCGCACCUAUAUCCAGGAGAUCAACCUAUCUUCAGCAGUAACCAACAAGACAACCUAUAUUCACUCUGCACUGCAAAAAUCAAAUGGUGAAUGCACUCUCUCUACACAACGGAUUCAAUUGAUUAUCCAGGCCAAAAUUUCCUAAAGGCAGUUACUACGAACGAUUUCAAAGCAGCUCCAAUGGUCUUGGUUUCCCGCUCCAGAGGUGCAGCCAGUGCUCUUUCAUCCUUUGACCUGCUAUCAGGGAAACAGUAUGGAGAAAACGGAUUGAAGGCGUGAUUUUGAUCACUCUCCUUAGAGUGUUUAUUUUCCCCCACUACUUAGUUGCUGGUAGGAAUUAGGCAAACCACCCCCAGGAGUCCCUCCAAUCAAAGUCAGAAAGCAGCACCUUUCAUGACUUCUGUGUUUGUGUUUUUGGAGAAGGAAAAAUGAGGAGAAGAAGAUGAACGUUGGAACAGAAGUUCGGCUGCAGACGUGCUAAGUGCGUAGUGCGAUUUAAUAUGUCAAAUUAAAUAGCCCACACUUUUUCCAAAAGUUCACUAACCACUUUAUCCAAUAACUAAAGUGGAAAGCAAACUUAAAAACAACUUGCACUUUCUUUCUCCCACCAAUGUGGUAUUUCCUUUACUCUUUGACUACUCUAACAAUCCCCCACUUAGUCAAUAAGAGUCGAGAAUACCUGCCUCGAACAAGUAACGCAUACAUAAAGGUAUCUUUUCGAUUUGAACCUUUACUUAGUGUAAGCAUCUCAAAGUUCAUAGCGAAUCAAUGACGGGCUUAAGCCUAGGAGUCAAGAUCCAAAGCUAGAACCAGAGACACCACACACGUACUCGUCUCUUCUCUAAAACCCAACCACCAACAAGGGUAGCACUAUUAUGGCCAUGUGCUUAUCCUGUUUCAUGAGCAUAUACAAAAGUUGACCUUUACUUUCGUUAGAGCGACACCACUCCAAAUGCUCACAUAGGUGACAUUCCAAAUGAACGUCAUUAAGAGUU